UACACCGUGCCCUAUGCCGUCCCUCCCGGCUUCCUGCCUAGCCCGCUCCUGUCGCCUUCCACCAGCCUCGCUGCCUCUCAUGUCCCUCACUUCGUGCCAUAUGCCUCGCUCUUCACGGAGGAAGCUGCUCCUUCUCCCCAGACUACCUCUCCUACCCACACCUUCAGCAAAUCCACUUCUGCCAUCUCUCCGUCUGGCCAGGCACAGCACCACGCAGGGACUCAGCCACUAGAUAUGGCACCAGGUAGAAUUCCUGUUUAUUAUCAGAUGUCCCGCCUCCCACCGGGGUAUUCGGCAUACGAGACACCUGCAGCGGGUGGAAGUCCAGAUCGUCCUCAGCAAGACACUCAGCUGAGUUCAGAGGUGGUUGCUGCCAAUGGUGGACAGAGACAUCUGGAGCAUAACGUGGUGAGGACCAGUGAGGCUGUGGACUCGGCCAGCAGCAAAGCUGAAGAUGGUCUGCCAGGGGCUGCGGCAGGAUGUGUGGUCGAUGGACAGUUUCUUUCAGGUUACCAGACUUUGCACACAGAGGUCUCUGUGCCUGCACACAGAAGCACCCCAGAUGCUGAUCUGGAGGUGCAGAGGGUGGUGGGGGUGCUGGCGUCUCAGGAUUACCAUAUUCUGGCAGCCCAGAGGAAGGAUGACCUGAGCCCUUUAAACCUUUGCCAUAACAUCCCUGAUCAGCAGGGGGAGUCGAGGGACGCUUUGAGGAGCACCGCAGAAAGGGCUGCUGCUGAGAAAAGCCAGUCCAGGAGUCUGUUUGUAACGUCCCCUGAUGAGAUGGUUAGACAAAGACAGUUAACCAAAGGCAUGGUAAUAGCCAACGGCAAGCCAGUCCCAGUGCCCGUUGUGUCUGAGCCCAUCAGGUCUUCCUCUUCAGACGCCCUGGCGAGGCAGAGCCCGGAUGCGCAGGCUCGAGGGAGCACGCUCGAGAAGGACGUGACCCAGCUGCCACCACCCAGCUCCUCGCAUCUGCCCUCCCACUUCAUGAAAGGAGCCAUCAUCCAGCUGGCCACAGGAGAGCUGAAGCGAGUCGAGGACCUGCAGACUCAAGACUUCGUCCGCAGUGCUGAGGUGAGCGGGGGCCUGAAGAUUGACUCCAGCACUGUGGUGGAUAUUCAGGAAAGCCAGUGGCCUGGGUUUGUCACAUUGCAUUUUGUGGUUGGGGAGCAGCAAAGUAAAGUGAGCAUCGAUGUGCCCCCAGAGCAUCCCUUCUUUGUGUAUGGCCAGGGCUGGUCCUCCUGCAGCCCAGGGCGGACUGCGCAGCUCUUUGCUCUGCCUUGUCAUAGGCUGCAGGUGGGCGAUGUCUGCAUAUCAAUCAGUUUACAGAGCAUGAACGGCAACUCUGCUUCUCAGGCUAACUGCCCUCUCGCAGGUCAAUUGAUAUCUGCUAGAGAGAGACCUGAAAGAACAGCGCAGGGGUGCAGAGAGCCACCUGACAGGGCUGCCGAGAGGAAGAGCCACCCCGAAAGGGACAGUGCGGCGCAGGGCUCUCCCACAGAACCCUCUCAGCCUGAGCCUGGCAGUCAGCACAGCUGGGCAGCCCCAGGCUUCCAAAGAUACAGCGUGCAGGCAGAGGAGCCUCGGCCGUCCCUGCUCCGUCCCUCUUUCAUUCCCCAGGAGGUCAAGCUGUCUAUUGAAGGGCGUUCCAAUGCAGGAAAGUGAUCCCUGGAGGCUGUGAGCUGGGGUGCGCCCCACGCAUGAGUCUUGCCUGCACCGGGUGAAGAAAUUGCACAGACUUUGUGACAGGUUCACCAGUAAGGCUGCUCUCUGCCCUGCAGAACUGGAUUUGCUCCAGUUCAGUGGCUGACCAGAUCCUCUUGGGGAAUCAGGAGGGCUCUGGUGCCUCAGGGAGCAGCACAGACGA